AUGUCUGAAAUGAAGAAACUUCUGCUGAUUGAUGUUGACUGUGGAGUUGAUGAUGCUCAAGCCAUAAUGAUGGCUCUGGCUGCCCCCAAUGUUGAAGUCCUGGGAAUUACUUGCUGUUAUGGAAACAGUCAGUUGGAAAACACAUGUAAAAAUGUACUCCGUGUAUUACAAAUUUGUAACAAGCUUGAGAUUCCAGUUUAUCCUGGUGCUUCUGCUCCCCUACUUGGUGGCCCUGUGCUUGGGUCUUUUUUUCAUGGAAAAGAUGGUUUGGGUGACGUACCAGAUCCUAAUGCUCCAGGACUAGAACUUCUGCAGAAAGAACAUGCUGUGCUUACAAUAUUAAGGAUAGCCAAUGAGCGACCUGGUCAGGUCUCUUUGGUUGCUACUGGUCCCUUAACAAAUUUAGCAUUGGCUGUGAAAAUGGAUCCAACACUUCCAAAGAAACUUAAAGGUGUGUUCAUCAUGGGAGGAAAUACUGAAUCCAGAGGAAAUACUACAGUCUGUGGAGAAUUCAAUUUUGCAACUGAUCCAGAAGCUGCACACAUUGUCUUAAAUGAGUACACGUGCCCAACUUAUAUUGCAGCUUGGGAGUUCACAUGUUCCUGUCCGCUGUCCUGGGAAUUCUACCAUGAAUGGGUUAAUCAGCAUACUGAGAAAGCCAAGUUUAUGAAAAAGAUAUUUGCUCAUUCUUUGCAAAUGUCGAAGUAUCUCGGAGAAUGUGGAGGGGAGAAAGAAUGGCGAUCAGGGUUUCUUUCUUGUGACUCCUAUGCUAUGGCUGCUGCAAUUGAUGAGAAUUUUGUUACAGAAGUCAGAGAAAUUGGUGUAAGUGUUGAACUGAAUGGUACACUGACUAGAGGAAUGAUGGUAAUGGAUUGGACUGACAAACUGAAAAAGGAAAAGAAAGCCUUUGUCAUGAAAAGCUGUGAUUUAGGGAAGUUUCAGGCACUUAUGGUGGCUGCUUUACAAUAA